AUGACAUCUAUACAGCUACCCUACUCGACAUCCAGUGAGAGUAGUGGAGAUAGUGAAGUUGAAGGUUUUCCAACUUUGACGCAAAUACAACCAAGGUUAUCAAAUGGUCAACCGAAGGAAACACAUUCAUUAGAGGAGUCCAAUGAGAAGCAAGUUCGAGAGGAGCCACAAGGUGAGCAGCAAGUACUACGACAUUCGACGCAAAAAUCUUUGUCCAAUGGCAAUGCUACUGAUGAACCAGCGGGAAGGAGUGAACCAGUCAGCUAUUUUGACAUGAUUUUUGGAAGUGGGUCUUGUAGUCGACUGAGAAAAAACAACCCAUCAUUCAAUGCAGAUCAAUCAUCACCGGGGGUAUCAUCAGACCUGUUAGUAGAUUCAUCCGAUUUAAACGAGUAUUCCAGUGAAGAGGUGCCGGAUGCAAGGGAAGGACGACAGAAUCGAGAUAAACAAAUAAACGAACGCAUUGAAAAGCACCUUGGACUAAAAGGAGAAGAUUUUGAUCGACGAAAGAUAAGCAGACAGGAUAAUCUAUUAAAGCACAAACAACUGGAACAGAUUGAACAUAGGAGGUGUGACAGAAUGGAAAUAAAGCCAGCCAAGUUUGAAGAGAAAGCCCAAAAGCAGGCAAUACACGAAGAACAAAGGCAAAACAAGUUGGAAGACAGAUUGAAAAAAAGGAUAGCAAAACUAGAAGGGUAUUUGGAAAACAUUCGACUAAAGAAGCGACUUGAUCGUGAUGCCAUAAUGGAGGAAUUGGAUAAUUGGAGGCUAGAAUUGAACAAGCCUCGACAAGACCGCAUAUCCUUGCUAGAGUUUAAAGAAAAACUGGAGCAGAAACUCAAGUCGAGCAAAAUAGUGGCAAAGCCUAACGAUGGGUCUGAACCAGAGAGUCAGAAACCUCAAGACGUUGAAGAGGUAUCACAAGAUGGCACUUUUUUGAUUGAUAGGAAACGCAAACGAACAGCACAAGCUGAAGAGAAGCGACAACAGAAGAGGACGAAAGGCGAAUCAAACACGCAACCGGAACAAGAUCCUACAAAUAGUGGCGAUGCCUCAACAAGUGUGAUGAAGAACAACGAUGAUGGUGAUAACGACUCAAGACAAAUAAAAGAGCGGCCAUUGCGUCAACCAAAUGUCAAUUAUGUAAAAUUCUACAAUCGAUUUGUAUGUGAGACAUUUGACCCUACGAAAUGCAUUCCCGAAUUGCCACUAUCAUCACUGAAAAUCAAUUACGGCGGAUCAUACCCUAAUGAAUCAAAGUAUCCUGGGCAGUUUUGGUCAGGUGCAGAAAAGGAAUUAUUCUUUACUUUGCUUGCUCGAUAUUCUAUUCAUCAGUUGGACAUGAUUAGUUUAUCCAUGUGCAAAUCUGAAUUGGAAAUUACCACCUAUUAUAACUUAUUGAAACGCGAGUUGGAAAACUUGAAAAAGAAGGAGGGAGUGAGAAGGGGUUAUGUAACAGGUUUGAAGGAAUGCAACAGUCGGUUGGUGCAAUAUGGAGAAAUUCCCGCUGCUUAUGAGAUGCUGAAAUAUUUCAUCAAAUAUGAGGAUGAACAAAGUAUGUUGAUGGGUGCAGAGGGAAAUUAUGAAGCAGUGACUAGCGAUGAGGUUUCGGUUGAUAAUGAUGAUGCUUCAGUUGAUGACACAGAUACGUUGAUUAAUCGACUGAAUAUGUCAACAAUGUUUGGUAAAUGUUGUGACGAUGAAUUGUGUCAAGUAUUGGAAAAUCUUGUGAAAAAAAUCACAAAAGAUAUCUUGAUAAAUAUCGUCAACACCAAAACGAAAAAGCCGGAUCAUGUACCACAAGGUGUCAUCUCAAGACCCACUGAGCUCAUCACCAUACUUCCUAGGAACAUCAAAUCAAGCAUAACUCAAUUGGGCUAUUCACGUCCUAAUACCACGUUUAACUUUGAUAAACCAUUGGUGAAGAAAGUUUACUCAAAUCAAUACGGACAUCGUCGAUGGUUUAACAACAUCACCAAUAUUACUUCUGUGCCAGCAUUCGGCAACUUGAUUCGGAAACCAAACCAAAGAACGAUUCCAACUAUUCACAAUUUGCAUCAAUAUCAAAAUGGGAAAUUUGGCUCUGUUGUUGAUGGCACACUCGAUGAGGACUUUGAAUCCAAGUUAAUAAGAUUGGAGACCAAGGAAAUUGAUGAUCAUGAUGUGUUGGAACUGCGAAUGUAUGAGCAUGGGUUAUUAUUUAUGUUGCUCGAUGGCGAGACUGAAAUAUUUCCUGGGGAUAUUAGGAGGUUGAAUCAAUGGGAGAAGGAGUUGAAUAAGGAGGAAAAAGAUAGCAAAAGGAGGCAAGGGGUGGAAGAGAAAAACAAUUAUGAUGGGAUAACGAGCGAGGAUGGAAGUGAGGAUGAGAAUGAGAAAAUGGUUGAUCUUUUGAAGACCUAUUCACGACAUUUCUCCUCCUGGGUUGACACUGAUGAAGAAAAAUUAGUUGAAAUGAGAGCAGUUGAUGAGUAUGACAAUGAGUAUGAUGAGAGUCACUCCCAUAAAGAAGAGCUGUCCGAAAGCAGUAGUGGAUCUGAUGACGAAGAUAAUGACAGACACUCAAUGGAUGACUACAACGACGAUAAUGCUGAUACUAACUGCCUCUUUGACGGAUUUUUUAUAAGAAGUUACAAGUAG